AUGAAAGUCCAUCUUGAUUUGGCUUGUGUGAAGUUACGUAAAACAGAAGAUAAGUUAGAGACACUUCAGAAACGGCUGGAAGGGAAAACAUUCAGCACCGUGAUGGCGAGAAACGAAUCUCCCCUUUAUCCUUUCAAAUAUGUGUGGAAAGUUAGUGGUUUUAGUGACAAGAUGAGACAAGCGAAGGCAGGAGAGCAAAGGAAAUUGGAAAGUGAUCCAUUCUACACCGAAGACUAUGGCAACAGACUAAAAUUGAGAAUUUACCCUUAUGGCCGUAAAAGUGCUAGGAGUUCUCACUUAUCGGUGUUCAUUGUUGUAUUGAAGGGUGAAUAUGACGCCAUAUUGCCCUGGCCUUUCAAGAGAAAGAUGAGAUUUACACUGAUUGAUCAACAAGAAGAUCCAGAAAAACAAAAAAACGUUUCUAAGGUAAUUUUUUCGUCCCAUAUAGAAAAUUAUGGGAGACCUGAAAAAGAAGAGAAUUUAGGGCGCGGUUUUCGUAAUUUUUUAUCUCACGAGGAGCUUUAUUCAAGGGGAUACGUUCAAAAUGAUAUGCUGUUUCUUCAGUUUGAGGUUGGCCCGGGUAUCAGACCGGUUAAAAAAAUUAUUUCUUCUAAUUCAAGUUCAGAAAAAGAUGAAAUUACUUCUCGUAGUUCAAGUUCAGAAAGAGAUACAAUUACUUCUGGUUCAAGUUCAGAAAGCGAUACAUCUGACUCAUAG